GACCCCGAGGAGGAGGAACCACGGAGCAACCGGAGUGCUUACAUGCAUUCCUCCCCGAAGAUGGAUCAAUGGCUUCCGAGGAGGGAGGGGAUAACGAUCAUGUUCCGGCUAUUUCGCUUCAUGCACUUGAAGGAAUCCAAGGGCCUCGGACAUUUCGCCUCUACGCCACAAUUCAAGGGCAGCAAUUCACCGCACUGGUGGACACGGGGAGUUCACACAACUACAUCCAACCUCGGAUUGUCAAGCACCUACGACUAGAGUUGGAUGCCGAGGAUAGUUUCCAAGUUGCGGUCAGAAACGGUGCACGCUACAUAGUGAGGGAACGGUACGCCAGUAAGGUGCUACUAGCCCGCUACCAGAAGGCAUCCACGUAUAGUCAGGAAAGGUAUGCCAUAACCGCUGCCAUGGGGAAAUGGCUUUUGUACCUAUUGGGACAUCCAUUUGUAAUCAUCACCGACCACCAGAGCCUUCGGCAACUCACAUCCCAGCUCAUCCAGACGCCGGAGCAGCAGCGUUGGCUAACCAAACUUCUGGGGUUUGAAUUCACUAUUGAGUACCGGGCAGGGGUGACCAACAAUGUCCCUGACGCCUUAUCUCGAUGGUCGGUGGAGCCCAGUCCAACGUUGACAGCAAUAUCGACCACAUCUACCAAUGUUGUCACAGAUAACUGGGAAGGACUCAAGGACGACCUAGUCGCAAGGCGAUGGCAGCCCCCGAUGUCGGAAGACAGCCGUUACCAGUGGCGGAAUGGGCUAUUAUUUUUUGAGGGACGGUUGUAUGUACCAGCAGGGGGUUCCAUUCGUACUACGCUACUGACUAUCUUUCAUGAUUCUUUAUUGGGAGGCCACUCUGGGGAGCACAAAACCUUCUUAUGACUCGCGGCCGAAUUCUACUGGCUGGGAAUGCGUG